AUGGCCUUCAACUUUAACUGGUCGCCUCUCACGGCCGAUGCGGACUUCUACGCCCGAGCUCGCGAUCUUUUGACAAAUGCUCUCAAUAAAUCGCCCAAACCGCCCAUCAUUGUCGAUGACAUCCUCGUCUCGGAACUCAACCUGGGCACUGUGCCCCCGGAUCUCGAGAUCCUGGAGAUCGGCGACUUGGCAGAGGAUAGGUUCCGUGGAAUCUUCAAGAUGUGCUACACAGGCGAUGCCUUCUUGACACUCAAGACCCGAGUGCAGGCAAAUCCACUCAACACCUACCUGGACUCGAAGCCAAGCUUCACAUCCCCGAAGCCUCUUGCUGCCGCGUCUGGUCUAACGAUUCCAUUGUCAAUCACAUUGUCGGAGAUCAAGCUCUCGGCCUUCAUUAUUCUUGUGUUCUCCAAGCAAAAAGGCCUUACCAUUGUCUUUCGAAAUGACCCUCUCGAGUCACUCAAGGUCUCAUCGACCUUUGACUCGAUACAGUUCGUCCGUGACUAUUUGCAACGCACAAUUGAGCAACAGCUGAGAAACCUGAUGAUGGACGAGCUACCGGCGAUCAUUCACAAAUUAUCAUUGCAACUUUGGUGCCCUGAUCAGGUCAACAAGGCUGCUGACGUACCGAAACCGGGCGAGGCCGACGAAGCAGGCAUAGAUCCUUUCUCAAGCCCUCCAGAAGACCCGGUGGACUCAAAUGGGAACCCAGUGGAUCUCAACACCUUGUCCGAGCUCUCUGCCAACGGAGCCGGCGAAAUGCAAGGCCUUUUCUCUCAGAAGAACCUUUUGCGACUGGGCGCCUUGACCGAUUCACACCGCACACUGUCACUUUUCACGCCGGGUAUCAGUGACGUCGUGUUCCGCGCGUGGUCCGGCCCUGGGAAGGGUUCUGAUCAGCUCACGCCUGCUAUCGGUACACCAAGCUUGUCGAGAACGCACUCGGCCAUUGUUGGCAACAGCACGACCUACACAUUCUCCGAUACAGGAAGUCAUGCACACGGCCACCUGCCGAGCAGGCCUUCUCUAGUCAGUCUACAGUCCGCCUCCGCCGGCAUGGCACUCGGUGCUGGUGGGCGUGCGCGAAGCGGCCGCAAGAAGAAGACCCGCGUAGUGAAUCUGAGACGGAAGAGAACCGAGGCGGACAAUUCGGAUGCAAUGACCGAGACCAGCGCCUCAGACACGGGUUCUAUCAAUGUUCCUCUCUCGGAGCCUCUCCCGGCGAAUUCUAUCCCUGAGCAUCCUGAGGCUGAGACUAUGUCGGAUGUUGGGUUCGACACCAAGGCACGAUCUGUCCGCGAAGAGAAGAAAGUCGGUCACCAACCGAGCCAACUGACUACCGAAGUCAAGUUCGAACCUGAAAAACCUGCGGAAGCAGCGUCAGAGCCCGUCUCCGAGACAGAACCCGCUCUGCGUAGCACUUUGGACGAUGCCAAGCCUCGCAUGUUCAAACGGGCCAACUUGGGCCAUGAACGCGCCAGCGCGAGCUCCGACACAUCGUCUGUCAUCCUGGAACAAGCUUGGAUCAAGAAGAUGGCUGGCGAGAUUGCCACCCGCAUCUAUGACGAGAAGAAGCGAGGGGACGGUCCGGCUUUCCCCGGCCAGCCGUGGACUGAGCAUGAAGACGCCCCUCCUGCGUACGAAGCCGCCGCCCACUAA